AUGUCGGGCACAACAUUUUCCUACGCGCAAGCCGCGAAGGGUCAGGCUGCUACUCAGCCGAGCACCAAGGACGAUGUGUCAUCAGCCACUGCAGUACCGUCAGUAACCCCCAAUGAGGCCGAGGUCACCGAGGCCUCCGAAGCUGGCAAGACCACCCAAGCCCCUGUCGAACAAUCGAAGCAGGAUGCCGAGUCCUUGUCCGUUACCGCGCCAGCAACCGAAGAGACCAACAAGACGACUCGUGAGAAUGAAGCGGCACCAGCACAGGCUCAACAGCAGUCGGAGGACAAGAUUUCCAGGUCCGUGAGCCGCACUUCCCGGUCGAAUGAGAGCACAGACGGCAGGAAAGGCCGGAAGGGCAAGAAGGCCCGGGGCAGUGAGAAAGAGUCUCAGAAUGAGCAACAAGCCGAGGAGGAGAAGGAGAAGGUCAAGGAGGCGCCCAAGGUUAUUCUCUCUGAAGCCCCACUGCCCGCGGUCAACAUUUGGGCGCAAAGACAGGAAGCACAGGCCGCCAAGUUGAAGACUUCUCCGGCUCCUACUUCCGAUGCUGUUUCCGCUGAGGCCAAGAAGCAAGACGGCGAGAGUCAAAGCACACCUGUAAAUGGCGUGAAUGGAGACAAACCUCAUAAGAAGGCCACCGACCUCCCAAGAGCUGCCGAUCAACAUCAGCGUAGGAACGGCCCCCGGGGCGCGCGUGUGGACAAAGAGGACAAGAAUGCGGUUGCUUUGCCUCCAGUGGCCGAUGCCGCCUCGUGGCCGGACCCGAAGUCCGCGGCCAGCACCAGCACCGAGGCCCCCAAGGAAAAGGUUCAGGAAAAGACUGCCGAAAAGGAAUCUCAGGAGGAUUCGGGAUCUUCCAAGAAGAAGACGUGGGUUACUGUUGACAUUCAGCCUACCGUCGUUUUCAACACGCCGCUGCCACCGCGUGGUUCCAAGACUCGAGGCGGAGCUCGGGGUGGUCGUGAGCAAGGGUCUACAAGGCCGCAUAACACCAAUGCCACCAAUGCCUCAAACGCCACUUCCCAGAACGAAAGGGCACCGACAACCGGCGGUCCUAACGGGCACAAGCGUGCCGGAUCCCGCUCCCGUGAGGGUAACAUGCCUACGCGCGCGAACAACCAAGCUCAUGCUUCCAAGCGUACCUCUGUCGACGCAGCCUCCUCGAAGGAUGCACGCAAACUGUCGGUUUCCGCGAACAACGAGCAAGCUCGCGAGUCAGGAGCUGAGACAUCCACUAACGCCACCAAGAAGGGAUCGUCCGUCAAGGAAGGACAGAAUGAGGCUGGGGCAACCUCCGAGGCAGGGCCUUCGUCGUCUUCCCGCCCCCAUGAGCGUCAUCACAAGGGAUCUGACUCCACCAAAGACGGAGCACAUCACGGUGUGAACGGCCAGCAGUACUCUGGCCGCGAGGGUCGCCCUGAGCGUGGUCGUGGUGGAUAUCGCGGUCGCGGCGGCCACAAUGGCACCUCUGGCUCUCACCAGUCUGGCUAUAUCGGCAACGGUCAGUAUGGCCACUCGUCUUACCAAUCACGUCAGCACAACUCCCCGCCCCAGCAUGCUGGUCAGUUCUCCGGCUCUUACGGUCAGUCGUCUAGGGGCAGAGGCAAGUGGACUGGCUCGAACCAGAAUGCUGACCGCAACGGAUCCGCCCCUGCUUUUGCGCCGAGGAUGGCUCAGCCCCACGAAUACUCUGUGCCUCAGUACCCCGUGCCAUAUGUGUACUAUCCGGCCUACGAUCCCAUGGUGCCAGUUAUCAGGGCUCAGGUCGAGUACUAUCUCUCGCUCGAGAACCUUUGCAAGGACACCUUCCUUCGUAGACACAUGGAUGGCUCUGGCUGGGUGUUCUUGGACGUGAUCGCCAGCUUCAGGCGCAUGCGCGAGCUCAGCAAGGAUCGGGAGACUAUUCGCUUCGCGUGCUCCCUCUCCGAAAAGGUUGAGUUUGUCAUUGGCGAGGACGGCCAUGAAAGACUUCGCAGCAAGGACUCAUGGUCCAAGUUUGUUCUGCGGGAAGAAGACCGCCUCGAGCACCUCCGCCACAACGGACCGACCAACUAUGCUCCUUACCAAAGCCCAUAUCAUCAGAUGGCCCCUUACGGUGCUCCCGUAAUUCCCCAGAACUACCCUGUGGCAGCCACGUACGCCGGCUACCCCGAGGACCAGAUGUUCCAGGCCGGAUACGUGAAUCCCGCUCACUACGACCCUGCCACCAACGGCUCUGCCGUCAAUGGACAUCAGCAGUUGUCGGCAGGUGUUCCUGACUACGCGCCCCCUGUGGCUGCGCUCACACUCGAGAGCUUGACAAACCUUUCUGAUAACGCUGUUGAAAAGAUGGUCGUCGUUCUUGCAUAUGACGACAAGGAAGGCCAGAGCUCUUCCGAAGCCACUGCUGUGGCCGGUUAUGAGUCCAGUGGUUCGGGUCACGAGCAAAGGAAUGGUGCCAAUGGUGCCGCCGUCGAGAAUGGCGUGAACGCUGCGGUCUGGCUUGAUCAAUACAGCCCCGAGUCUGCCAAUGUUCGUAUGGAUCGCCAGCCUUACACCGUCGUUCGUCAAGCGGCUCUCAACCAGCGUCAAAAGGCCACCACUGGCGAGACUCCCAAAGAGAUGCAGACCCUUUACGAGUUCUGGUCGAAGCUGCUCCUCAAGAACUUCAAUGACAAGGUGUACUCCGAGUUCCGUACUUUGGCGCUCGAGGAUGCGUCAAAGGAGGCCCCGAACAAGCAGGGUCUUAAGUGUCUUCUCGAGUACUACAACAACAUUCUGCUCAACAACGAUAUCCCGAAGCUGUGGCCCCAAGACCGCGCCGCCCCCGAGCUUCUCCAGCAUCAUUUCCAGGACGCACUGAGGGCUGAUCGCGCUGGGUCUGCCUAA